AUGGAGAAAUAUUUAACAAAGAGAAAAUUUUCGGAUUCAUCAGAGGCAUCUAAUGUUGAUUUUUCUAAACAUAGCCGUGUGGAAAUCAAUUUACCAGAUCUUCCCUUAGACCCUGGAAUGAGGACUAGGAUUUUAGAUUAUGAUCCUAAUGUUCGAGAUGAAGUUCGAAGAGCAUACCUCUUAAAAGGGCCUUGCCAACCUAACUCUCACGAGUUUCCUUACACUCUUUUUGGCAAAAAACCACGAAGAUUUAAUGUUGCUUGGUUUAAUGUUAAAGAAUAUUCUACAUGGCUAGAAUAUAGUGUAACUCAAAAUGCUGUGUAUUGCUUAUAUUGUUAUUUAUUCAAACCAUAUGUUGGAGCACAAGGAGGCGGUGACACGUUUGUUAGUGUGGGAUUUGAAAAUUGGGGACAUAAAGAAAAGUUGAAUCAACAUGUUGGAGGUUUCAAGAGUGUUCACAACCAAGCUUGGUCCAAGUGCAAGGAUUUAUUGAACAACAAACAACGUGUUGAUGUUGCGUUUGCAAAGCAUUUAACACAAAGUUCAAUAGACUAUGAUAUACGAUUGGAUGCAUCAAUUGAUUGUAUUCGAUUUCUAUUAAGACAAGGUCUUGCAUUUAGAGGACAUGAUGAAAGUGAAACUUCAGCUAACAGAGGGAACUUUAUAGAGUUGUUGCAAUUUCUAGCUGAUCAUAAUCAAAGCAUUAAAGAUGUUACUUUCAAUAAUGCUCCUUUGAAUCUAAAGUUGACUUCACCAGAUAUCCAAAAAGACAUUGUUCAUGCAGCUGCAAUUGAAACAACGAAGCUCAUUAUAAAUGAUAUUGGCGAAUGUUUUUUCUCUCUCCUUGUCGAUGAAUCUCGUGAUAUUUCGCUUAAAGAACAAAUGAGUGUUGUGUUGCGGUAUGUAGAUGUAGAAGGUCGUGUAAUUGAACGCUUUCUAGGUAUUGAGCAUGUCCCAAAUACUGCAGCUAUUAUACUUAAAGAGACACUCGAUAAUUUGUUUUCAAGACAUGGGUUGAGCAUCUCCAGUUUGCGCGGACAAGGUUAUGAUGGGGCAAGUAAUAUGAAAGGUGAACUUGGUGGUCUUAAAACUUUGAUUUUGAAUGAAAAUGCAAGUGCAUAUUAUAUUCAUUGUUUUUCUCACCAGCUUCAACUUACUCUUGUAGCGGUGGCAAAAAAUAAUUCAAAAAUCGUUUCUUUGUUUGUGUUGCUAACCAAUGUUGUGAAUGUUGUUGGAGAUUCUUGCAAGCGUCUUGACCGUCUUCGAGAACAACAAGCUUCCAAAGUUAUUGAAGCACUUGGUUUAGGUGAAAUCAUAAGCGGUCGAGGCCUCAAUCAAGAAACAUUUCUUAUCAAACCGGGAGACACACGUUGGGGAUCCCAUUAUGGUACUUUGAUAAGUAUGAUUACAUUGUUUCCAUCCGUUUUAGAUGUUCUUGAGAUUAUUACGGAAGAUGGAGCAACCCCAGAACAAAAAUGUGAAGCUGAUAUGUUAAUUAACUCCUUGCAGACCUUUGAUUUCAUAUUUUCUUUGCACUUCAUGAAAAAAUUAUUGGGUAUUACGAAUGAGUUGUCCCAAGCAUUGCAAAGGAAAGAUCAAGAUAUUGUAAAUGCAAUGAACUUGGUUAGAAUUUGCAAGAUGCAAUUGCAAAAUUUGAGGGAUAGUGGAUGGGAUUCUAUGCUCACUCAGACUACAUUGUUUUGUAAAAAACACGAGAUUGAGGUUUGCAACAUGGAUGCAAUGUUCUUACUUCCUGGACGGUCACGACGAAAAUAUCCAAAGAUGACAAACUUACACUACUAUCGUGUAGAGUUAUUCUACGAUGUCAUUGAUUUGCAACGCACAGAACUAGAGAGUCGUUUUAGUGAGACUAGCACCAAAUUGCUUCUUUUCAUGGCGUGUCUCAAUCCAAAUAACUCAUUUGCAGCUUUUGAUAAAAACAAAUUAAUUCAGCUAGCUCGUUUAUAUCCAAAUGAUUUUUCAGAUAUGGAUUUGGAGAUACUUAACGAUCAACUAGAAACUUAUAUUCUCGAUAUGUUGAAUUCGUCAGAGUUUUUGAAUCUAAAUGGGUUUGGCGAUCUUGCACAGAAGAUGGUUGAAACAAAAAGGGAUAAAGUGUUUUCUAUGGUUUACUUGCUCAUCAAAUUCGCAUUGACGUUACCGGUUUCAACAGCAACAGUUGAGAUAUCGUUUUCCGCUAUGAAGAUUGUGAAGAACAGGAUACGCAAUAAAAUGGGAGAUCAAUGGAUGAAUGAUAAUUUGGUUGCUUAUAUCGAAAAAAAGGUUUUUGCGGAUGUUGCCAAUCAAGAUAUCAGCAAUAUGUUUGAUAAAAUGAAAACUCGUCGACGACCUUAG